AUGAUACAGGUUUCACGAUGUGUGAGGCGAUAUUUGCUGCACCAGCGAGCUGAUAGGUUCAAUAGUUUGAUUUCGCAAGAUAUAGUUGUGCCACUGCUGCCAACCUCGUCGGUGGGAGGCGGUGGUAGCGGCAGCGCGGUGCGACUACUUGAUGGACUCAGGUACGCAUGUAAGGACAACAUUGUUACCAAAAACACGACAACCACUGCUGCAUCUCGUUCUUUGUUUAACUACAAAAGUCCCUUUGAUGCUACAGUGGUUAAGUUAUUAUCUCAGCAAGGAGCAACCUGUGUAGGGAAAGCAAAUUUGGAUGAGUUUGGUAUGGGUUCCGCCAAUCGUAACUCAUUUUAUGGACCAGUAAUAAAUCCAUAUAACGAAAAAGCCAUUUCUGGGGGGUCUCUGGGUGGCUCUGCAGCUGCGGUAGCAGGUAGUGAUCCAUUGUGUGAUUUUGCCUUGGGCACGGAUACUGGCGGAUCAAUUCGACUACCCGCAAGUUAUUGUAAUGUUUUUGGCUUUAAACCAUCCUAUGGGAGGCUAUCAAGGUGGGGUAUUGUCCCUUAUGCACAAACAUUAGACACCGUUGGAGUAAUAGCUAGAGAUGUGGAUACAAUAAGGAAAGUUUACCGAGUUACCAAUGUCUAUGACAACAAAGAUCCCACAUCGUUACCAGAAGAUGUCCGUGCAACGAUUCAAACUACGCAAAUGCCGCCUGAGAACAGCACUAGGGAAAAACUAACUAUUGGUGUACCGGAACAAUUUAUAAUGGAACAGGUGACACCAACUGUUAGGCAAAAAUGGGAAGACGUUUUGAACAAGCUCUUGGAUCUUGGCCACAAGUUGGAAAGUAUAUCUAUCAAGAGCAUAAUCAAGGCACUACCAGCAUACUACACUUUAGCUACAUCAGAGGCAGCCUCGAACUUGGCCAGGUACGAUGGAACACGCUAUGGCUACACUUCAAAACUAGUAGAUAUUGACGGUAAUGAUCAAACAAUGAAAUUGAUGUACGAUAAUAGAACUCAAUCUUUUGGCGAAGAAGUGAAAAGACGAAUCAUAUUGGGAAAUUUCACAUUAAGUUCCGAAUCUGCUGAUUACUAUAUGAGGGCAAAUAAACUUCGUGAAACGCUAAAUAAGGAGGUUUCAUCCUUCUUCAAAAAUGAGCAUGUUUUGUUGAAAGACGGUCAGCAAAAGCAAUCAAAUAGUAACCUAUGUGACUUGUUGAUAUCACCAACAGCUAUGGACGUUGCUCCAACAAUCGAGGAUUAUGUUAGUCAUGACAAAGAAAAUAUAUUAAAUGGAUUUGUUAAUGACAUUUUCACAGUUCCUGCAUCCCUUGCUGGAUUACCGUCCAUUUCUAUUCCUUAUGAUGGGGUUGGAAUACAAUUGAUGGGCCAAUACGGUGACGAUGACUUUGUUCUUGAUGUAGCUGAAUUGAUUAAACAGUAA